AUGCUGAGUUUCUGGAACAUCGUCAGCGGGAGGACGUUCUCCAUCAUCCUGCUGUCCCUCAUGGUCCUCCUUGGCUUGGGCGGGCUGGUGGGGAAUGGCCUCAUGCUCUGGCUCCUGGGCUUCAGAGCCAAGCGGAACCCCUUCUCCGUCUACAUCCUGCACCUGGCAGGGGCCGACUUCCUCUUCCUGGGCUGCCAGACGGUAUUUGCCAUCCUCAGCUUCAGCCGGGGGCAGCAGCCGCUCUACCUGGUGGUCGCUUUCCUCUGGUUCGUGGCGGGCCUGGGCCUGCUGGUGGCCGUGAGCCUGGAGCAGUGUCUGGUCGCGCUCUUCCCCCGCUGGAGCGCCCGGCGGCCCAAGCACACGUCGGCCUGCACGUGCGCGCUGGUCUGGGCGCUGUCCCUGCUGCUGGUGCCAGGCCACGCCUGCGGCUUGCUGAGCGGGGGCAGCUCCUGGCUUACCUGCUUCCAGUACCACGCGGUGAGCAGCAUUUGCAUGUUCCUGCUCUUCUCGGCUCUGUGCGUCUCCAGCGUGGUGCUGCUGGUGCGCGUGCAGUGCUGCUCCCAGAGCAGCUCGAAGCCCCCGUUCUACUGCUUCGUCCUCCAGCUGGUGCCCUUGUUCUUCUUCUGCGGCCUCCCCUUCCUCGUCUACUGGACCGUGAAGAACACCUUGGGCUCCCUGGCGUCUUUUUUUUCUUUUUUCUUGUCCAUCGCCGAGCUCCUGGCCUGUGUGAACAGCAGCACCAAGCCCCUCGUUUACUUCUGCAAUGCGAGCCACAGGCAGGAUCUCCAAAGGGCCUGGGCCGGGGGGGGGGGGGGGGGGGGGGGAAGAGCAGGUUCGCCGAGGCCCUGGAGAUGA